UGUGUGUGUGUGUGCUGCUACUUUCUCGUCUUUUUCCUCUUUUUUCAUACUCUUUUAUUUAUCUGCGGAGCUCGGUGUCCACCUGGCAGGUGUGCUGGAGGUGUAGACAGCCUCCACGUUGCUCCUCCUGCUCGUGUCAACCGGUGCUCCGGCUGUGAGCUGCCCGCUGCUCCAGGUAACCUAGCUAGCCUCAGUGCUGCUGGGGGAGCUAAUGUUAAAGAGCAGCCGGCUGCUGCACGUCUUCAGGAGUGGCACUAUGCCCGCAGCUACUGUGGAUCACAGCCAAAGAAUAUGUGAGGUUUGGGCCAACAACCUGGAGGAAGAGCUGAAGAGGAUCCGACAUGUCAUUCGAAAAUACAACUACAUUGCUAUGGACACAGAGUUUCCAGGUGUUGUAGCCAGACCGAUCGGAGAGUUCAGAAGCAACGCUGACUAUCAGUACCAGUUACUGCGCUGCAAUGUGGAUUUGCUCAAGAUUAUACAGCUGGGCCUCACAUUUAUGAACGAACAAGGGGAAUAUCCUCCUGGAACAUCAACAUGGCAGUUCAAUUUUAAGUUUAACCUCACAGAAGAUAUGUAUGCACAAGACUCCAUUGAGCUCCUGACCACUUCAGGCAUCCAGUUCAAGAAGCACGAGGACGAAGGCAUCGAGACACUUUACUUUGCAGAGCUGCUGAUGACUUCAGGAGUGGUGCUCUGCGACGGCGUCAAGUGGCUGUCUUUUCACAGCGGCUAUGACUUUGGAUACCUGAUCAAGAUUCUAUCCAACGCUAACCUGCCUGAGGAGGAGGUGGACUUCUUUGAGAUUCUACGCUUGUACUUCCCCGUCAUUUACGAUGUCAAGUACCUCAUGAAGAGCUGUAAAAACCUGAAGGGCGGGCUGCAGGAAGUGGCUGAGCAGCUGGAGCUGGAGAGGAUUGGACCACAGCAUCAGGCCGGCUCAGACUCUUUACUCACAGGCAUGGCUUUCUUCAAGAUGAGAGAGGUAGGCGCCUCGAAUUAGAGAGAGGACUUAUGGAGGGUGAGUCUGAAUAAGAACACUGGUCACUUCUGAGCCCUGAUGGCAAUC